GACGAUUGCACCACGCGCAUGCGCCAUCACACCGCAGAGCUUAGGCAGCUGGCAACCAACCGACACGCCAUAAACACUUCCUGACUUUUUAUUACUUGUUUUGUAAAGGUUCAUUGUGUUAGGUUGCCAGUCUAAGCCACAGAGAUGGUGUGCAUUCCCUGCAUUGUGAUUCCUGUCCUGUUAUGGGUCUACAAGAGGUUCCUGGAGCCUAUUCUCUAUCCUUUCAUUUCUCCCAUAAUGAACAAGUUUUGGACCAAAAAAGCAGUCCAGGAAACUGGUACAGGGGAACAAAAAGCUGUUCCUCAAAGUAAUGGCUCAUGCAAGCCUGAAAGUAAUGGAGAGGCCACCACCAACGGAUCGAUUACAGGAGUGGAUAAGAAGACUGAUUGACAGCAUAUUUCAACUGUUGAAUUCAAUCUGAAAUUGUGUAAAUAUUUCAAUAUGUGACAGAGAAAAUAUAUUAACUUAGACAUGUUUAUUAUUGUUUGAAAGCAAGUAUGGAAAGCCAAUGAAGCUGUUGUACCAUGAUCUUAUUUAAACACUGUUGUCAUAAUUUAUCGUAAGUAUACAAUCUGUCUUGAGUUAGUACAUAAUUCUUAAGAUUUUUUUCUAAAUCAGAGUUUAAUCAAUGAAUAAAAAGAAAUAUUACUGUUUAAAAAAAAGCAGAUUCU